AUGGGUGAGCAUCAAUCAACUGGACGUUCACCGGCUAAGUUAUUAUUGGGGCGAAAUUUAAAAACGGGAUUAUAUUGGUUACGUCCUAAUGUUAGUUAUGAAAUGGAACGAUUGAACAUACGUCAAAAAGUAGCGCAUGAUGAACAUAGUCAUAUGAGAGAAUUUGAGAUUGCACAACCGGUAUGGGUGCAUAAUGAAAUAAAUUCAGGUUGGAGAGAAGGAGUUAUAAAAUCCAGAACUGGUAGAUAUUCUUAUUUGGUAAAAAGCAAGGAUAGAAUGGUACGAAAGCAUGCGGAUCAACUUCGAAAAAAGGAGGUAGCUAAAAGAAAUGGAGAAGUCUGGGCCAGGGAAAGAAAAUGGAGAAAACAUGGAGUCAGAGAGAGAAGAGGAAAAUAUAAAAAAUAA